AUGUUCCGUGAUGAGAGCUCCCAUGUCAUCCGGAAGGCGCAGGCAAGGCAACGGCGAAAGGCUUCUGCGCGAACACCGGAUCCGGUUCCGUCUCCGGACGAUGACAGCUCCCCUGCGUAUUUGUCAUCGUCAUCGUCGUCAACUGCCUUCGCCGUACCAAAGACGCCAACGGUACCUUCUACGCCAUCCAAGGUUGGCUCUCGGCCAAAAUCAUUGACUCUGUUGACUCCUGGAAUGCAUCACAACGGGGCAAACUUUGUCGAAAACAACAAGACGCCAAUGCCCCUGACGUUUCUCGAGCCCGAGUCUCUCCAAAACCCACCGCAGUCUCCAAGAGCAUCCCCACCAGCACAGUUAAAGGUACAGGCGGAUGACGAUGACCAACAACGACAACGAACACACCAAACACAGCCCGUACUGGAAAUACACCAACAGCAACAGGAGCAGCCACAACAGGAGCAACACCAGCUCAUAUGGACACGUGACGAUACUCUUUUGCCGUCUCCAGAUGGUGGCAGUUGGCCAGAAACGCCAAUGAUUGCACAAAUGUACACUAUCGAACCCACGAGCCAAGAACGCGGCACCGCCUUUUUCUUUUCUCGCUACGUGACCAUGGACGAAAACGUGUCUCAUCAGCGGUUCGAUUUUCUGUAUGAUAUUUGGAAACCAGGGUCACUCACGGUGGAGCGGCCGUUGGACGGCGUGAUGGCGAGCAUGACUGCAGUAGGUCUUGUCGGCAUCUCACAGUUGACCCAUUCGGAGGAGAUCAUCGACAGUGCACGAAAGAGCUACGGCACUGCACUCUGUUUGACAAAUGAGGCCCUCAAAGACCCUCAAGAAGCCAUCAAGGACACGACUAUGCUGUCCAUCUUGAUCCUGGGCGUCUUUGAGAUGAUGGCCGAGCCUGGCCUCAAGACGAUGAAAACGUGGCACGAUCACAUUAACGGUGCUGUGGAGUUGGCGAAACUGCGGGGCGCCAGUCAGUUCCGCUCGCGUGCCGGGAUCCGCAUGUUUAACAUGCUGUGCGAGAGUGUCACAAUUUCCUGCAUGCAAAGACAGGUGCCCAUUCCACCGGCACUGGUCGCUCUGCAGGACGAACUACUAAACACCGUGGUCGAACACGAGCCAGGAGGGUUUGGUGGGAUCAACUUGUGGAAGCCAAUCUAUAAGCUGCUGCAAGCAAGGCACGAUGUAGGAACGACCAGUCUCUCCGGCGAUCUCGAUGAGCUCCUCGCGCGCAUGGACGACAUCGAAACCGAAUUCGACGAGACAAUAUCCUCCUUCCCUGCAGACUGCUACUACAAGGUGUUCAAGGUGACACGGGCCCACAAGGCUGUGUUCCGCGACGUAUGCCACGUCUAUCCGAGUGUGGCUUCGGCGUCGGUGUGGAAUUGGCUACGAGCAGGGCGCAUCUUGGUGUUGGAAACCGUCCUCUCUGCUAUCCAGCGGUAUUUCCCAGAUACUGGUGAUGACGGUGAACUGGUGCCGGCCCAGUACAUGACAGCGUUCCGGCAGGCCUGGACGAAGCUGGACCGUGUCAACUCGGCCAUUGUCGCCAGCAUUCCGCAGCACUUUGGUCUGGUCAACCCAGUCAACCCAUAUUAUGAUUCACUAAGACCUAUGCCGACCGUGGUCCAUCCGCUCUCAACGACAGAAGUCCGUGAGCCGCCCACGCCCCCAGAACAGUCGCCGAUCUCGUCAGCCGGGUCAGUGCAGACCCCGUCUGUGUACUUUGAUGAUCGCAGCGACGGUAGCCAUGCAGCUCGUGACGAUGACGAAGUUGUCUUUGACGACGGUGGUCCCAGCCUCGACAACCCAACACGAGCACGCAAUGUUGAUGAAGAAGCACAGCGCUUUAUGCUUCUGGCUUCGGCGACCAAUUCGGCCGUCUGGCCGCUGUUUACCGUGGGCGUCAGCUCCGUCUGCAGCCCCCAGCUCAAGACCUAUGUCGUGGCUCGACUGGGCGCCAUCUUUGACGAGACAGGGCUUAAGCAAGCUCGGUCGAUUGCGUCCAUCGUGCGCAACCGCGAACUCAUCAAGUCCCCGUGGCUGAAGCUGUUUAUGCGAACCAGCAACACAACAAUGCCGCCCCCGCCGCCAGUGGCAUCACGAAAACCAUUCUUGAGUGCUUCUGCAGUGUAA